AUGACGGCACGCGUCCCCGACAAUAAAGUCGUCUCAGAGGCAUUUGCAGUAACCAACGUAGUGAAGCAGGGAUACGUCCUGGCGCCCGCCCUCUUCAGUCUUAUGUUUUCUGCCAUGCUAAUGGACGCCUAUUGUGACGAACGCCCCGAGAUCCGCAUCGUCUACAGGAAGGAAGGCCACCUCCUCAAUCAACGGAGGAUGCACUUCCAGUCACAUGUCUCCACAACCACCGUCCACGAACUUCUGUUCGCCGAUGACUGUGCCCUCAAUGCAACUGCUGAAAGAGACAUGCAAAGGAGCAUGAAACUCUUCUCCGCCGCCUGA